UCAAAUUCUAUGCCUCCGUUCGAAUACGAGGUAGUUCGCAGCAUCCAUAGAAAUCAAGAUGGAGGACGAUCAGGAACUGGCGGAAUUAAGAGCGCAAAGAAUGGCACAAUUGCAGGGACAGAUGGGUGGAGGAAGUCAACCAGGUGAUCAACAAAAGAGAGAAGAAGCCAUGAGAAGGGAAGUGGACAUGCGAAAUUCUAUAUUAUCCCAGAUAUUGGAUCAAAAUGCAAGGGCAAGACUGAACAGUAUUGCACUCGUCAAACCAGAGAAAGCUAAGAUGCUUGAGAACAUGUUAAUACAAAUGGCUCAACGAGGGCAGCUGUCUGGAAAAAUGAACGAAGAUGGUCUUAAAAGUGUGCUCGCAUCCAUAAGUCAACAAACUGAAAAAUCGACCAAAGUUACAAUUAAUCGUCGAAGAUAUGCAAUGGAUUCCGAUGAAGAUGAUUAUUAAUCGCAAAGGCACCAAGCAAGAAGAAGAUACGCCCCAGUGCCUGCAUCAGCAAGUGCUGUAAUUUUGUUGCAAUUCUUUAAGGCCUGUUUGACAUCACAGGAGGGUCGAAAAGAAUGAUGCAGAAUAUACAGAGACUACGAACGAAGUAAUUUUAUGUUAAAACUUGCUGUAUGUGAACUCUGUGGUAGUAAUUAGAUUUAAAGAAAGAUUCUUAUCCAGUUUGAUCAUUGGUGGCAUUAUUUUAGUUUCUGUCAUAUCUUUAUCCUACCAAUGUUUUCGUGUGUCUUUCCGUGUACUGAUGUUAAUCCCGCUUUUUAUCAAAGUUUAAUUGUGUAAUAUUUAACCUAUAUCGAAA